UUAACACGAUCCCAGAAUUCAAUUGAAGCAAAAUGGCGGGGGGAACUUGUGUCCAAGGCGGUACAUAAAGCUGAAUGGAAUUGAAAAGUCAAAGAACUUUCGUAAUAAUUGUAAAUUAAGAUUUUAAUUGUGUGCUUAAAGAAAGGCAGUGAACUUCAAUAGUCUGUACAAUACGAAGUAGGCCUAGACGGAAAAUGGAAGGCUGUGAUACUUGUCGUGAAGUAUUUCGUCUUGUGUCAUCAUAUAUUGAAACAUGUGGGGCUGGUGAAAAAUUUGAUGUCAGGAAAAAAGAUGUUUGGAUCCUGCUGGAGUUCUCACAAAUAUGGGGUCAGAGGCAGUGUAGUUGUCUCUUCAAGGACUACAAGAAUUUUGAGAGGCUCAAUAAUCUUGUUCAGCUGAUUUUGCGUUUUGCAAUCAACAUCAUUGCUAACCCUACACAUCCACUUGGUGAUGUUGGUGACAGCGAGAUACCAGAUAAGGAAGUGUCUGUUCAAGAGUCUGAGGAGAAACCAAAAGAGGCUAAACUUACAGAAGAAGUCACUAGACAGAAAGCAGAAGUGGAAUCAAGGAACCCAUCACCGGAGCAUCAGAAAGUGACUCAAGACCAUUCUGUAGUGUCAACAGAUGCAAACAGUAGUACAAACAACGAAAGUGCUUCAAGAAUAAACAAACAAGACCAGAUCUUCGAUGACGAGGCAAACCCAACAAAGAAGGAAGAAGAGGAGGAAAAAGGAAACGUUGAAAACAAGGAGACAUGUGCCGAGGUCUGGAAUUUAGAGGAGGAAGAAAAGUUACUUCAGUUUGUGGCCAAAGUGUUCCAAAUGAAUUUCCCCAUGUAUGCAGCACACAAGCAGUAUUAUCAUAGCUUAGCAGAGCAGGAAACAUCUUGUCAGGAGGCAGAGGCCUUAGGCAAUUACUGUGACAUGAACGAUCUUGACGUACCUAUCCACCUACUGCGAAAUGUCUGCUUUUUCUGUGAUAGUAAUGGUCUGGCAGUCAUUCGUCAGUGCUUUGAGGCAGCAACCCCUGACUCUCUACCGUUCUCUCUUGCCCAUGCAAUCAUUGCCAUUGUGGCAAAUCUUCGCCUGUGGUUACAUCUCCAUGCUGUCAUGCAGUUUGUUGCCCCAUUGAGAACACAUGUUAUAAGAUACCUGUGCCGGCUGCCAGACAAGGAAUUACGACGUGCCAGUGCUCGCAGCAUGGCUGAUAUGAUGUGGAGUGCUAUCAAAGAGCCCAUGGAAGCACCGUUAUCCUUUGAUAGGGACAGUCUAGAGUUAGCUCUCAAGUACUUCAUGUCAUCUACAUUGACCAUGAGGCUAGCUGGACUGAGUCAAAUCACGAGCCAGAUUCACAUGUUCAAUGAAGUUUGCAAUAACGAAUCAGUGGCAGACAUAGACAAUGUUGGAUCCCAACUUACUGCCUGGCUGCUGGAGAAAGAAGUAGUAGAGCAUCUAUUUGGACCAAACAUGCAUCUUGAGAUCAUCAAGCAGUGCCAGAUCAUACUGAACUUCCUGGCAGCUGAGGGUGCCUUAACUACUAAACACAUUGAUGUCAUCUGGGCAGCUACUCAACUCAAGCACACUGGCCGCUAUGUUCAUGAUCUCUUCCCUCAUCUGAUCAAGCAUCUUGAAGCUGGCCCACUCUUCCAUCUGCUGAAACUGGUGUCACGGUUACACCCUUCAGAACACACUGAACAGACCUUGUACUUGUCUCAGGUGAUAACCAAAUGUAUAUGGACAAGUGCACUGUCCAGUAGUGCAGUGGGUGCCACUACUCUUCUGAGGCCAGAUGUUAGACACUCCCAACAUGAGUUUCCUCUAUUGAGGAGCAGUCUAGAAAUGGGCCCAGAUAAAGGUCAGCUUGGUGUAAUGAAUAGUAAUAACAGCCGCAUGGUUGAGAUCUAUGAGCUUGAGGAAGAAAAUGAUGACGCUGAGGAAACUACACCAAGUGUAACAGAAGAUCAGCCAUCAAACUGCAGUCGUAAUCAAGAGGGUGAUGCCAACAAGGUUGAACCUCAUCGCACGACUAAGAAAGAAUCAGACACACAUGAAGGGAAACCAAGGCAAGAAAUCAGUGAUGAACCCACAUCUGGAACCCAUUCACAGAAAACAAUCCAUGCAGUAGCCAUUCAUCGACGCAAAAGGCUGCUGAAACCAAGACUAGCUGAAGAUGGAUCAGAAAGUUCAGUAACAGAACAUGACUCGGAUAAUAUUGAUUCAGAGAAUGAGGCCAUGGUGACAAGUCCAGAGAACUCAGACAGUGAUAGUGAUGUCACUGAAGAGAGUGAGGAGCAUGGUACACAACUUGGAAGUGAGUAUGAAGAUGUCAGUGAGGAAAGUAAUGCAGAAAUGCAGAGUGAAGAGGACGAAGACGAGGAAAAGUCAGGAAUUAGGCAUUCCUGCUGCUCUGAUAGGCACCGAUCCACCUUGCUUGAACAUCAGAGCCAGUUACGCCAGUGCCUUCAGGGUGGGGACAUUAGUGACAGUGCAUCAUCAGAGGAGAGUGAAGGAAUCCAGCAUAGACACUUUUUUCAAGCUACAGUGCGGCCGCAGCAACGGAUAAAGAAGCAGCUUCUGGUGGGAAAUCUGGAAGAGAAGGUACAGGAUGACGGACAGGAGGAAGUGCAAGGUCAGAAAGAGACAGAAGAUGCUAAGGAGCUUGGAAGGACUCAGACUCAUCAUGAAGGAGUGAUCCCACCGUCUCCUAAAUCAGACCAUAGACAGCUUCCUCAAGAAGCCAGAGAAGCUGAGGAUUAUUAUGUGAGGAAUAGAGGCCUUGAAACUGAAGUAUAUGACUGCAGAAGGUACUUGCCACACAGACACACUGUGCAAAGCAAUAUCAUGGAUGAACUGAUUAGUGCUGAGGAGGAAGGCUCCUGCAGUAGCUCUCAGGCCAGUGCCAAAUCUGACAAGAACAUGGCAGAUUUUGAUGGGGAAGAGGAAGAGGAGGAUUCAGCCUGUGAAGAUGAACUAGUUCAGCUGAGUGCUCAUCUAAGCUCCAUACACCAUCACCAACAUACACAUCGCCAUAGACAUCAUCAAUUGCCAGAUAUUAGCCCUGUCUAUCGCAGUCGUCUCUCUAGUACAUGCUCUCAUCAUGCUGAGAAAGAGGAUCUUGCAACCCCAUUUGUAGAUUUCAACUUUGAUGAUGUAUGCAAGAAAGGCCACACAUUGCUUUGGGACCAAGUGCAGGAUGAAAAUGCUAUCCAUCUGAGCGAGGGACUUGCAGCUGAAACUGAAAAACUUCUUUGUUCUCUCGUAUGCUGGUUUCCAGAACGGGAAAUUCGCAUGAAAUUCGUGGAAGGCUGCUUAGAAAACCUGAAAAACAACAGGUCUGAAGUGGUUUCUCUACGUCUCUUGCCAAAGCUGUUUGGGUCCUUUCAGCAAUAUCGCAACAAUUACAAUACCCAUUGGAUAACCAUGUGGGCAGAGGAAGAGCUUCAUAUGAUGGACCUGUUUUUUAAUAAUCUCGUCCAUUACACCAGUCAGGUUAGGAGCUGUGUUCAACAGGAAAGAACUCUGUAUACUCAUACAGCAGAGGUUCAGGCAAGACUGCAAUUCCUGACUUGUGUAUUUACAACUUUGGGCUCACCAGAUCAUUUCAGAUUAACGCUGGACCAAGUUGACACACUCUGGACAUGUCUGGCCACGGACACAGAAUGUGGUGAUGAAGCUUUGAGUUGGUUUCUGAACCAGGCCGGCAACAAGGACCAGCAUGCAUUGGGCUUGGAAACCUUCAAACAUAUAUUCUUCAACAAGAUGCCUCAGCUAGAACCAGAAAGUAUCAGUAUGACAGGGUUGAAUCUGUUCCAGCAGCUGUGUAGCUUAGCCAGACUAGCCAGCUCAUCAUCCUAUGAUAGCCCACCUGUAGAGAUGCCUGGCAUCGAUCAUCUCUGGAAAAUUGCAUUAAGAGCCAAGAACACGGAUGUCAGUCUGUCUGCAAUCAAGUAUAUCAACACCUACUACAUCAAUGCUGGAAAUGGUUCCCUAGAGAAGGAGGAGGAGUUUAUCAAGCGAUGCAUGGAGAGUUUAUCCCAAGCCUCAGCAAAACUAGACAGUGCUCAAGACUCGAGCCUCUUGGUCCUUCAAAGGGGACUCACUCUUCUCAAGACUCACUUAGAAGCCUUCAGAAAAAGGUAUGCCUAUCACCUUCGUCAGUGGCAGCUACAAGGCCGAGGUAUCUCAAGUCACAAAAGGCACCCACUGGAAGGACACUCUCAAACACUGAGAGUGGUGUGCCAGUUGGCUAACCGAACAGAAAAGUUUACGGUAGAGCUCAGUUCAUCAGACCUGGUUGCUGAUUUGAGGGCAGAAGUCACACACAUCAGUGAACAGUUCCAACAACAACAGUUGCAGCAGCAACAACAGCAACAAGAGGAGAGUGACAAUACAGCUACUACUGCAGGAUUCUCUGGUUUGGCUGGUGCCCUAUCAGGGUCAACAAUUCAGGCUCAGAGGCCUGUUCGUAUGAUAUCUGUAGGUCACGAAUUGACCCCUGACCUUGAUGAGAAAAGCCUUAAAGAAAUGGCAUUCUCAGAUUUACAGCUUGUGUUUGUGUCCUUUGGUGCCAUUCGUCGGGAAAGGAAACGAGAUGGUAUGGACCAGCCAGCCUCUUGCCUACCCCCUCCACCACAGGCUAAGCUUCCCAUGAUGUUACUACUGCAAGAGCCUCACUUUAGCUGCCUCUUUCACCUACUACAACAACUCAAUGAACUCCUGGUAGACAAUUAUGCUGGAGAGGCUGCCCAGGAUCUGCUUGGUAGGACUCAGAUGUUAUCUCGCAAUGUCUGGCAUCUUCUUAUGCUUCUUCCAACCAGCCCAGACAUGCUAAACAAAUUCAAAGUGCUAACUGCACCAAUGGAUUCAGCCAUGUCAUCCGAAGAUGACCAUACAGAUAUUGAAACUGACAAAAUAUCAACUGCUGAAGACGAACCUGGUAGUAUUCAGACAGCUUUUACAGCCAACUGGCCAGAGCUGCUAGAUGUAAGCAACACCCACAAGUUGCUGUACUCACUUCAAAUUGUUGAAUCACUUGGCCAGCCAGCAAAGAAGAAACGGGGAAAAUCACUGGCGUGUGUCAAUAGAGGAGAUCACAGUCCUAUGACAAGUUCAUCAGAAUUGGGCACAAUGGAUCUUAAGGGAAUCAAGCCAAGCCAAAGUGAGUCUGGUCUUUCCACUGUUGGAUUAGAUGACGGGAAAGAGUCAUGGAAUACUAUGUUUGUAGAGAGUGGAGGACUAAGACACCUUUUUAAUAUCUUCAUGUCUGGAAACCUUGAAGCCAGGAGUGGUCAGCACUGGAAUCUAUGGCAACAAGACUGCUUGGCGUGCAUCCUAAAGCUGAUCAAUGAGUUUGCCAUCGAGCAGGCUGCCUUAGACCAAGGGCAAGAUGAUGUGUUUGAAGCUCAUUCCUCCAGUGAGGAGGUAACCAGCAAAUGCCCUCGCAGAACAAAACACAACAGCACUGAAGUAGGAGGAAUCACAACUAAAGUAUCCAAGCAACUCUUGGAGUUGAUGUCUGGAGAGGGAGUGUUAGACAGACUAAUCACUGUGUUGUAUGAAGCAGCUGUUCCAUCAGACACAGUCAAGGUUCGAGCUGGUUACUGGGUCAUUCACUGUGCAUUGAAGCUGCUAGUUUCCUGGGCAUACAGUGACCCAGAAGUCAGGGUAGCACUUUGCCAGAACAAACUCUUUGACAAGUGGCUUCAAAGACUUGUUCUUCAAACCAGUGAGGUUUAUGUCAGGCGUGAGGUAUGUGAUGCAUUGUACAGACUGUGUGAAGGCAGUAGUCGGCCGUGUCAGCACUUCUCAUGGGCCCUCCUUGCUAGUUUGCUCAGCUUUCUGUCACUUGCACAGAGUAUACAUCCAAAGAAGGAUUAUAGCAAGAACAUUGAAGACUAUGGUCCUGGCUGCCGGAAUUAUUUCUGGCUGUUAUGUUCUAUCAUGGAUAACAUUGACAGAAAGCAUGAAUGGUCUUCUGGAAGUGACGUUGAUAACUCUCCAGCCCUAGAUCAGGAGAAAAAAGUCAUCAAUGUUAACACUAUUGCCAGACAUCUAGCCGAGGGAAUACAGAGUCGGCUUGUUUUAGAGGAAAGACACAACACCAUAGAGGAUGUGGCUCUCACUGGUAUGCUCAAGCUAUGCACAGCUGUUAUGAAGCACAACCCACCAUUCAAAUUCAGCAAAGAGGGACAGGUUUUUCUUAGCAGUGUUUUUGAGUGUCUUUUCGCGGUGCCAAACAUGGAAGAGCGCAAUCUUCCCAAGUGUAAAUCCAAAGGCAGUCGUCUUGCAGGAUUUGAUCUCCUUAUUGAACUAGCAAGAGGAUGUCAGGACAAUUACUCCUGCUUGCAUAGGCUUAUGCUUGAACAACAUUCCCCAGGCACCCAUGGAGCAUAUCCAUGGUUGUACUGGCCACAAGAUGAUGGUCGGUCAUCAUGUGGUUAUGUGGGACUGACCAACCUUGGUGCUACCUGUUACAUGGCUUCAUGCAUGCAGCAGUUGUUCAUGAUGCCAGAAGCACGUGCUCCAAUUCUCAGUGCAAGGCUUACUGAAGAUACCCACCAUGCCAGCAUCCUGACGGAACUGCAGCGGAUGUUUGCUUUUCUACAAGAUAGUGAGAGAAAAGCUUACAAUCCUCGCAGCUUCUGUAAGGUUUACACAAUGGACAAGCAGCCUCUCAACACUGGUGAACAGAAAGAUAUGACUGAGUUCUUCACUGAUCUCAUCAGCAAGAUGGAGGAAAUGACUCCCCAGUUGAAUGACUUGGUAUGCGACCUGUUCAAGGGAGAGCUCACAAAUAAUGUUGUUUCACUGGACUGCCCGCAUGUUAGCAGCACAACUGAAGAAUUCUGCACAGUCCGUUGCCAGGUUGCUGAUAUGAAGAACCUCUAUGAAUCAUUGGAUGAAGUAACUGUCAAAGACACUCUGGAAGGAGAUAACAUGUACACAUGCUCGCAAUGUGGCAAAAAAGUCAGAGCGGAGAAAAGGGCCUGCUUCAAGACUUUACCCAAAAUUCUUUCAUUCAAUACCAUGCGCUACACCUUCAACAUGGUGACGAUGAUGAAAGAAAAGGUCAAUACACACUUCUCCUUUCCACUCAAGUUGGACAUGGCUGGCUACACAGAGGCUGCCCUUAUGGGCACAGACAGAAACAGGCCAGACAACCCAACAGAAGAUGCCUCUUACACAUAUGAUCUAAUUGGUGUGACAGUUCACACGGGUACGGCGGAUGGUGGUCAUUACUACAGCUUUAUCAAAGACCGAAUGCUGAGUUCUGAUGAUAGGUGGUACAUGUUCAAUGAUGCCGAAGUCAAACCAUUUGACUCCACACAGCUGGCUGGGGAGUGCUUUGGAGGUGAAAUGACGACCAAGACGUAUGAUUCUGUAACAGACAAGUACAUGGAUUUUUCAUUUGAAAAGACCCACAGUGCCUAUAUGCUUUUCUAUGAGAGAUGUACCCCAGGGGUUGAUCAACAAGAGCCUGCUAGUCAGCCUACCAUCAUGCUUCCAAAAGAAAUAGCUGAGUGGAUCUGGCAAGACAACAAAAACUACUUGAGAGACCGGUCUAUUUUUGAUCACUCCUACAUGAACUUCAUGUGGCAAGUCUGUAGCUACCUUCCAUCAACGCUACCUGAUCCUUCACAUGUACAACUUAUGGCAUCCAAGUUGACUACGACCUUUGUCCUUGAGACAUUAUUGCAUGCCCGAGAAAAACCAACCAUGUUGCAGUGGAUGGAACUUAUGACCAAACAGUUCCAUACCUGCCAAGCUGCUUGUGAGUGGUUCCUUGAUUACAUGGCUAAUGAUGACUGGUGGCCUCAGCAGAUACUGAUCAAGUGCCCCAUACAAACAUGUCGACAGUUAUUCCAGAGGCUGUGCAUUCAUGUGAUUAGGCAGCUGAGAGACAAGCAUGCACCAUUGUACCUCCACCCCAUUGUGGAUGGAGAGGACGAGGUUGAUAUUCCCCCAGAGGAGAUAGGCAACUAUUCAUGUGUUACCAGAUUCAUCAAGAAGCUUUUGUCAAUUAUCGAACAUGGGGUACGUCCACAGUGCAAGCACCUUACAGAAUACUUUUCAGUCCUGUAUGACUUUGCAAAAAUUGAUGAGGAUGAGGCUCAGUUCCUGACAUCUGUUGAAGCCAUCUCAAUCAUGACAAACUUCUACUUGGGUACCAAGGCAGCUGAUUAUGUGGAGGUUGUAUCGGAUGACGAUAAUGAAGAUGAUGAAGAUGAGGAUGACAUUAUCUCCUUGACAGAGGAAAAGUACAAACCUACAUCCCUAGAGAAGAUGAUCUCUCUUAUUGCCUACCUGGUAGACUCAUCAAGGACUGACCGGCAACUUAUGCUAUCUCAGACAGACUACGCAGUGCUUGUUGCUGGCAAGGGAUUCCCCUUCCUGUUCCAACAAAUUCGAGACUGCAUCAACCUCCAGCAAACACGUAAUCUGAUCAUCAGCCUGACCAGGUUCCAGCCUCGAUUGGCUGAACAGAUUGUAGCUAUGAUCUUCAAUGCCAUCGCCAAACUUAAUCAAGAGGCUGGUCAGCCUUUUUUUAAGAUUCUGUCCAUGCUGGUUGAAACCGUUGGAGGACUACCAGGUGUUCCCCCAUUCACACCUAUCAUACUACAGAGAAUAUGGGAGGUUUCAGAGUUCAACCCCAUUCAGGUUCUUGACUGGUUGGCUGCCCAGACUCCAAGGAAUAAAAUGGCCCACCAUUGGGUGUUACAGGGAAUUAAGACAUGGGUGGAACAUUUCCUACUAGCACACAACAAUGUCAGAGUCAGGAAUGCUGCAGCAUUUCUGCUGAUAUCUCUGGUACCAGACCCUCACUUCAGACAGUCUUUCCGAUCUGCUCGAUCUGUUCAUAGUCCUCAGAAGGAGAUACAGUUGAGCCCUGAGGCUGUGAUAAUACUGCAACAGAUAUACUCCAUUCUUCUACGAUUAUUGCCAAGAGCCAGACACUAUGUUGAUGCAUCAAUUCAUGGUACUACCAAGCUGGUUGCCUACUUCUCUGUUCUCAGCCACUGCAUCAUCAGCAAAAUAGAAAAGAGAAUGUUUUCACAGUUCUUCAUGGACCUGUGGAACUUGUACCAGCCAAAGUUAUCUGAACCACCACUAGCUUGCAAUCACAACAAACAGGCUUUGCUACAGUUCUGGUAUAAUGCAUGUGUGGAUGUUCCAGAGAAUGUUGAACUCAUCAUCAGCAAUCCUACCGUUGUCAAGCACAUCCCUUACAACUAUAUCCUAGCUGACCAUGAUGAUCAAGAGGUAGUGAUGUUUAAUCGUAUCAUGCUGCCAGCCUACUAUGGCCUACUACGUCUGUGCUGCCAACAAUCACCACAGUUUUCAAGGGCACUGGCAGUCCACCAGAAUAUGCAAUGGGCGUUUAGAUUUCUAACCCCAUAUGCAAGCCAGUAUCCUAUGGUGGUUGAUGAGUUAUUCCGCAUGAUGAAGCUAUUCGUAUCUCGUCAACCAGACAUGAGAACAGAGGAAUCAGCUCAGAUACAGGAGUUCAAGCGCAUGACACUCAGAUGCUACCUAGAAUGCCUGGAAAGAAGCUCCUGCUGGACUACACUCAUCAGCGCUUUUCGUGUCUUACUGGAGAAUGAUGAAGAUAGAUUGGGAGUCAUUACCUACCAUGGACUCAGUAGACUAGCAGAUGCGUUCAACACACUUCAUAUGAUGUACCACGAAGCAACAGCAUGCCAUGUCACAGGUGAUCUGGUAGAACUGUUAUCAAUCACCCUGCUAACAUUGGAGUGUGCCAGUAAAUAUAGAGAGAGAAAAGAAGUCAAGCAGUCCUUACUACAGUGGCAGGAGCGUAUGGAGUUUGCACAGAAAUUGCUGACAUUGCUUAACUGUUACACACCAGACAAUGUUAGGAAGGAAAGCCUUGCCCUUCUAAAUGAGUUGGUAAUCCUGUACCCAAGGGAGUGUGUACAGAGACUGGUGCCCAUCAUCCUCCAUGUACAUCAUCAGUUUCAAAAGAACAACAUCCCUUUAGCCACAGGUCCAUAUUUUCCAAGACGUAUGCCAAAGCCUGCCCCCAACAAGGCCAGCAUUCGACCUCCUAGGCCAGAGCUACAAAUGUUUCUUCAUCCAAGCCAGCUUGAAACGUCACAUGGUUCUGAUCCAGUAUAUGAUGCUGCGCUCCGUGAAUUCUUUCUUCCGUAUCAUCAGUUUGUUGAGACCCUCUGUUAUACAGCGUUGAACAUCAACCUAUUCACUGAGGAUACCAUCAACCUUAGUGUAUUAGUUGCAUUGGAGGGAGUUCCUUUACAACUGGACUGGUUUGCCAAGCUCUGGAGGAUCAUGUACCAGUCUGAGGGUAGUGACAGGGCAGGUGUUCAGAUGCUGUGCAGUCAUCAUACAUUCCAUGACUAUGUAGAAGGAAUCAUAUUAGAUGAACGUACCUCCUUCAACAACCCAGCUAUCAACUCAUUCUUCUGUAUAUUCUUCCCGAAGGUGUACAAGCACAUUCUGUGCAAUAACUGGGAGUCAGUGGUGGAUUCAUUCAUAUGCGGCAUCCUUGGAGACACAGAUAAUCUGGAGCAUUUCAGACAGGAUGAACUCAAACGCACUGCCUAUAAAGUGAAUGGGGAUAUUCGUACUCUCCUUCUGAUGUUCUCUGUGGUGCCACCCAGGGCAAUCAACCCCAAUUUUUUGCCAGCCCUACACCAUAUUCUUACUACAUGUAAGAAUGACCGAGAGGCCAGAAUGACUGUGGUCUUGAGAGGUCAGUCAGCAGAAGUUGCAGACAAAGAGAUUGAUAAGAGACGCUGUGUUGACCAGAGUGAGCAAGAUACUGAAGCAGUUCCCAAAAAGAAGAGGAGAUCAAGCCCAGAUAUCAAGGAAAGCACUGAGGGCAAUUCCUCACCACCACCUCCACCUCCUCCACCUCCUCCAACCACAACCAAAGACCAACAAACUGUAGAACCCAAAGCACAAUUCCCAAAGAUCACUCAAAACAAACAGGAAGUAAUCACAAUGGAUUCUAUUUAUCAUGCGGACGUACCAGCAGAUAUAGUAAGAGAUGCAACACUAGAGAACACAUUGCCAUCGUCUGAUACUGAAGAAGACAAAUGUGGUGGGGACUCAUCAGAGUCUGGUAGUAAAACUACAGAGAUGGCAGAAUCAUCAAUCCUGCCUAAAGCCAACCCCCCAACCUGUCAACCUUUACAUGAUGACGUAUCACCCAGCAGUACUGUAAGCAGUCUGUCUAGAACACUGAAAAGGGGUUCAUCAUUAUCCUCAUCUGCAAGACAACAACAUUGUGUAGAUGUGUUGGCUAGGAGCAUUGAGCAGCUGAUCAAAUGUUUAGAGCAGUCGUUGUGAAUCAUUCUUCUUGAACUAGUUGAGUUCUUGCUGUUGAAUAUGAAAGGUUAUGAAAUUCCUGCACACAACAAAAGUGUGGUGGUGGUGAUUGUUGCUUUUUUUAACCUGUUUACAGGAAAUCUGGGGGAAGUUUAAUAUGGACUUUAAUAGUAAUAUUCCUGAUGGUAGGACGUCCGUACAUCAAGGUUGGAUAUCUACAGGUGCUCCUUUUUUGCAUUUGUAAGUUCUGCAUAUGAAUGCCCACGUUGGAACUUUGGUUGCAUACCCUCUGCUUUCUAAUUCUGCCCAAGUGGGUAAUUCUGCGGCACAGUUGCUCUGGAGUAUGAUAUUUUUUUUUAUUCGAAAUAUUUCAGGAAAGUGGUACGGACUCGUUCUUUUAUAAAUUGUUUUCAUAUAUUGACCCUUUAGGGCUAUUUCUGCUGCGUGCUCUCACUCAGAUGUACUCAUCAUUUGCAAAGAGGCUAACACAUUGCAUAUAAUCAUUUGCAAUAAUCAAUCACUUGCAAUCUCAGCCAUUAAAAUGUGCUAAACAUGAACCUGACUCACUGUGGCUUGAAAACAUGGCUGGUAAUCCUUGAGCAUUUUAAGAAGGUGCUGAAUGUUUUUAGAGCUGAAAAUAAUUCAGUUGUUGACAAAAAAAACAUACGUGCCAAUCAGACAGAAAAUGUAGUGACACACAAAUCAUGAACAUGCUAAAAUCAUAGCCACACCAAGAAUUACUUAAGUAUCUAAAAGAAGGGAUGCAAAGUGAUACUUUGUAGUUCCACAUUGUUAAAAAAAAAACACACACUAAAUGCAAAUCAUUUGACAAUCAGUACUUUGGUUUACAGUAAAGCUGUCUACUUACAAACUCAUCUCAUUAUUUCUCAAACAUGUGAUCGGUUAUUGUUUGCAUGAGAUAUAUAUUUCUAUGCUUUGUGUUGCUUUUCGUAAGUGAUUUAUUGUCAACAGGUCAACAGGUAAUUUCAUUAAAUAUGGUGCUCAAUUCCAUUUUACUUGCAUUCAUUUUUAUUUUCUAUUUUGCGUGAUUGUACUUUUUUUUUUUACUUCCAAAACUUCUUAUACAGGCUGUCAGAUACAUUUACAACUUUUCCAUAUUGAAAAUGAACAUAUGAAGCAAUUUAUCGUUUAACUGUUAUGAACACGUUAAGUCAGGGCAGAAAGGAGGACAUUAUGUGGUUUAAAUGCCAUGCAUUGUGUCCUUGGAAAUGGAGUAUACUAUUUAAGCAGAAAAAUAUUGAAUACAAACAUUUUAGGAGGGCAUGAGGUGUUGGUCUUAGCAAGAUCCUCGGAGGCAAAUGACAGUGGUACAAGAAACAAACAUGUAGGGGACACGCAAGCAUGCAGGGUUGAUAUGAAACACCAAAGAGUAAACUGGAAGGAUCAAGGGACAAACUAUCAAUUGUCAAUACUGACUCAAGGAUAAGUGUAAUGUGUACAAGUAGUUGUGAAAUUGUCAAUUACUUUGUCUCUAUGAAUAUCCCAAAUCAACAUUUUGUUAAAUAUCUGGAUAAAAACUUGCAUCCUUUAUAUCGAUGACCAUGUCUUGUGUUUCAAAACCGAGUACACAAACAGCAUUUAUAUUUAAAAAGUAUGUAUAAUAAUGAAGUUAAUGCCCAUUAGAUAAAGAGCAUUUUAUUUAAUAAAGAAAAGCCAAGUCAAUUGAAAAUUUGAGGUCUAUGUCUGAAUGGAGGGCUUUCUGCAAAACCA